AACGAGUUGUUAUUGUGGCUGUAGCUUUUCGAUUAGCUACWCCGUCUGAACUUUCUUCUUUUUUUGCUUUCUUUUUCAAAGAAAGAAAUCCUUCAGUAUGAAGCCUCGAAUACACUUGUUCUUGUUUACCUUUUGAUUCUCGACCAUCUUUGGUMGACUUUGAGCGCGCUUCAGGGCUCAUUCAUUCUUCGUUUCUUUAUAUAUACCUUCACCAAAAUGGUUCCACGUUCUAACCAUUUGAUCGCAGACGAUGUAAGAGGCCUUGUCUUCGAUUGCGAUGGCACUUUACUCGAUACUAUGCCUUUACACUGGAGAGCUUGGUGUAGUGUUUGCAAAGACACGGGAUUGAAUUUCACCAAAGAAGAUUUCUAUGUCCUUGCUGGCGUUCCCGGCAAGAAGAUUAUCAGCGUUCUCGCUUUACAACAGGGAAAAAUUCUAGACGCUCAAGAAGUCUACGAAAAGAAGAAGAACUAUUUCUUAUCAGAAUUGUCUUCUGUUGGUCCCAUUGCAUGUGUUUUGAAGUAUGUUUACGAAGCCAACCAACGCGGAAUCCCUGUAGCCGUGGCRUCGGGUAGUUCCAAGAAGCAGGUUGAACAAGCUCUGACCAAUGCUCGUAUACGAGAUUUCUUUGACUUUGUACUUGGGAAUGAAGACUAUGCUCAUCACAAACCUAACCCUGAAGUUUAUCUGAAAGCAGCAGAACAACUUGGAUUAGAACCAUCACAGUGUUGGGGAUUUGAAGACACAGACAUUGGGUUAGAAUCCAUCGAAAGAGCUGGAUACGCAAAAGCUAUUGACGUAAGAUUACUACCAGAAUACCCUGAGAAGCGACCCACAUUAAAUAAUGAUUCCACAGCCCCUUCAAGUCGAAGACUCAGACGUGCACUAACAGUUGGAUAGUAAUAGCAAUAUAUUGGUCUUAAUUUACCCGUUCUUUUUUUAACCUCAGGAUUUAUAUAAUCGUAAGCUUUUUCCAGAGCUAAAUAUAAUGACAAUUUUAAUGCAUGCAGGAUAUUGUAUUCUACGUUUUUAACUUAUCUGUGUAUUCUCAGCUUCUAGUUGAAAAGAAUGUGUUAUAACAUUUGAUUUUAUAUAUUGAUAUAUUUAGCUUAUUUACAGAUAAAUCAUUUAAACAAUCACAUAUGAUUUUUUUUWAAACAAAAUGGGAAACAGCAUGAAAUCACAUCGAAAAUAUUUCAAAAACAGCAUUACAAAAUUUACUGAACAAUGUAGGAAUAAUAAAUGCUAUGUACAAGGCACAAUAAUAAUUCUAGUAAGCCAGAAUAAUUAUAUUUUCAACAAAUAUAUUAUAGAAAUUGAGGUUCAUAGUAUUUAAGGUAUUUCCAGAUAAGUCAGACACACUUUGGAAAAUAGGUUAUGUACUUGGUCUAUAUUAGAAUAGAUUCAUUAGUUAGGAAAGGAAUUUUGUAUUACUACGAGUAAUGUAACAUAUAUUUGUAGGUGUAUUUGUUAUUGAAGACAAGCUUUCUAGAGCUAUUCAUCGUACAUCGAGUCUCGGAUAUAAUAUAUAUUUAAGCAUACCAAGAUAUUGCUAUUGCUAUUGCUAUUCCGCACAAACAGUAAGAUUGAUGUAGUAUUAUCAUUUUCUUUUAAAAAAUACAUCCUAAGAGUUGGGCUUCAUUUUGAAAAUAUGGGAAGGGAAAUGGAACGAAAAAUGGGAGCAAAGGGCAUUUAAUGUUGGAUGUCACAAAUGGAAAGUUUUGUURAAUAAAUUUAAGAGGAAGAAGUA